AUGGCGAUGGUGUUUUUGCUCAUAAAGUCAAAUAGUUACACUGCCAACACCCUUUUGGAUAUAGUGACUGCUGCAACUGUCCCCGAUGAGGCAGUUACAAAAUACAUUGCCUGUGGGUCAGAUUUGGGCUUUAUAGAUCUUAGGAAGCCUUCAACUGUUGCAGCUGCUCUUGUCAUCCUGGCUUCUUUAGAAGGCAAUCGUGAUGUGUCUCGCCAACGAGUAAUAGAGACUCAUGUGAGAACAGAAGGUGAUGAUCUACACGAAUGCAUAGAGGUAUGGAUGAAUUCUGAUAUCAUGAAUUUUGAUCGUAUUUUCAACUUGCAAGAACAACAAAUGCAUCUUUUCAUUAAGGCAAUAAAGAGCAUUUACAUUCCUGGAUUCAGGUUUUUGCCUACCAAGAGUAACAAUGAAAGGUGGAGAUUAGAUAAGGAAAGUAGUGAAUCCAUACAGACAUUGAUUGCAAAAAAGGGCAAAAGGAAGGGAGAUUCGAGAAAUCUCCUUAGUCUGCUUUACCCUUUAACCGAUAUGCUUGCGAGGCAUGCAACAAAGAAGGUUAAGCUCGAGAGCUUGGAAAGUCUUGCUGGUGCACAAAUUUAUUUGGCGUUGGUCGCUCUCCAUCACGACAUAGAGAUUAGGGGCAGUAGUACGCUCUCAAGGUCCUUUGUUUGGAGGGGUUGA